UGAUAGAAUCAUCUAUCGUAGAAAGUGACCAAGCAAGCAAGGAGGACGAGGGUUAUUCGGACUCGACGGUCAACCUUGUCCUGGGAACCAUCUUUUGCCUUUGUAUUAUCAUGAUCAUACUUCUUCUCUUAUUUGCCGGCGUCGCUCUCCAAACCGAAGAUCACACGACUGAAAAAGGAGACGAAGAUGCCAUGUACCUUCCCACCGCAGCCAGUGCACGCACAACUGCUACAACAGCAGAGUCUUCUAGCACCGGCACAAGGACAACAAAGAAAUCCAGGUCACCCCUUACGACACCGCGUCCCACCUCCACUGUAACCCGUACCAUGACGAUCUCGACUCGAACCACGACAAGACGGACUCAGAGAACCACCCCAUUGCCAAGAACAACUACCACACCCAGAAGAACGACAACUACGAGACGUACAACCUCCAGAAGAACGACUACGAGUACACGUAGAACAACUACGCCAAGGAGGACGACUGCCACUACAACGACUACGAGGAGGCCGACCACUACUAGACAAACAAUACGAACGACACCGACCACAAGAAGUACUAGCACAACCAGAAGAACGACAACUACGAGACGUACAACCCCCAGAAGAACGACUACGAGUACACGUAGACCAACUACGCCAAGGAGGACGACUACCACUACGACUACGAGGAGGCCAACCACUACUAGACAAACAAUACGAACGACACCGACCACAAGACGAACUAGCACAACCACUACGACGACAACCACUACGACGACAACCACUACGACGACAACCACUACAACGACAACCACUACAACAACGACGACCACACCGAGGCCCACAACGACGACUCCGUCCACCACCACGGACAUGUGUAACUUCACGCUGAUCUGCUCAUACGACUACCUCAGGCGACCACCAAUGAAACCGGUGUUAUGCACAGACUACGUGCACCUUCGCAUGCACACCCCUAAUCAGAGGGAUUAUCCGCAAAACUUUGUCUUCGAGGACAAUCCAUUGUAUACCAUGUUUGAAGACGAAAAUAAUGUCACUACAUUAAAUCAACGAACGGCAGAAGAAAUGCACGAUAUUGAAGAGUCCACCCAUUACGUGGGACUAUGGGGGCAGUAUGUAUACAGAAUAAUUUUUAAUCACGCCAACUGGUGGUGGUACGCCCACGCAAUGAGAAAAUAUCUCAACAAGACCGACAUCGUCCAGUGGUAUGACGGUUUUGCCAUCCUCAACAAUUACCUGAGGGAUGAAUUGGCAGAUGAGAUCUACGGCAGGUUUAACCUAAAUACAAAGUCAUUCAAAACCGAGAUUACGAACGGGCGCCUUGAUGCUAUUCUGCCGAAAAACUUCACCUACAUGCACAGCGUCGCCGUUUGGCCUUGGAGGAACCCUCCCCAUCGUGUUCGAGCCGUCCUCGGGUGA